AUGGACGUUUCGGACCCGAAGGUCGCUUCGGACCUGAGGGAAGGUACGGACCUGAAGGUCGCUUCGGACCUGAGGGAAGUCCUGCUGCCACCCGGUCAGGAAAUAAUCUUGUUCGAAAGCAUCCACGAAAUUUUGGCGAGAUCCCUUUGUUUGCCGUUUGAAAGCUACUACGUGUGUAGAGAAUUGCUGCAGUUACCUAAGCAAUCAAUGCGCCGAUUCCGUGAACAAAUCAAACGGAUGAAGGAUGAGGCAGUGAUGCUGCUGCGCAGAAUGGGUAAACCGACCCAGUACAGCUACUACCGAAAUAGAGCCAUGUACAACGAGGGCUGGGUCUGGGCGGAAGGCAGCCGGAGCCGAACCUCAGCAGCGGUUGUGGCUGUGGGGCUGAUCAGUGCCUUUUUGCGCAACCUGUAA